ACAAAAGUUCGUGGAUCCGUGGACAGAAGAUCUGCGGGGAAGCAUCAUGGAGGAUUUGUGUUAAACGAAGGAUCUUAGAGGAAAGAAGACGGGAUAUUUGCCAUCUACUCGAGACGCCAUGCUGUCGUUUUUCCCUGUCACAUUGAAAUGGAUAUUAUGAAUGUUCCGUCGCAAGGCGAGACUCUCCGGAGAUGUCAGUGGCCGAAGUCCGCUCUGGAACUGUGGGAGCUCAUUAUGAGCCAUUUUGAACAGUCUGUCCAGUUGAAAGGCCGAGUCCUGACUCACCGUGUUGCCCCUCUGCUCCCAGAUGUCCCCUGUCAGAUCCACGUCGGCCCGACACCCACCGGAGAAAAACCGUGCACUGUGAGAAACUGAGAGAAUCUUUUAAAUCUCUCCUGGAGGCCUUAUCGCGAUUUGAGAGACGUAUGGGAUCAUGAGCAUGUGGAGGACCUAUAUUAUUGGGGGAUAAGCCACAGGCAGAUCAAUAGUCAUUGCUCAACUCUAUCUGCUGCCUUGUAACUACUGUUCCUUGAUGUUUUCUCUUGAACAACUAGAUCUAACAAAUCAAACAACCCCAAUUUGACUGUUCCAUUCAGCUGCCAUCUUCGUACUGUGCUUCAUCUGACAGCGUGAUAUGCUCGUGAGCCUUUUUCCGAUUUCACGAGCCAACCGUCAAAGAACUGUACACGUCGGACCCUGACCAUUCUGCAAUGAACUGCACCCCUAACGCCACCGUCACGCCACAGCUGGGACUUGUCCUGAGCCCUGAGGCUGGAGAUGGCGCGUCCCAGGACAGUGGUGGCGGCGGCGCCGGCGCCGGCGGGAGACUGUGGGUGACGUCGCUGCUCGGCGCCACACUGAUAAUCAUGUGCGUCAUGGGCGUGGCAGGCAACACGUACACACUCAUCAUCACGCGCUCGGCGGCCCUGCGCCGAACGGGCUCCAUGUACGUCUACAUCGUCAACUUGGCCCUGGCCGACCUGCUCUACCUCUCCACCAUCCCCUUCGUGGUCUGCACCUACUUCGCCCACGACUGGCUGUUCGGUGAGGCCGGCUGCCGCAUCCUGCUGAGCCUCGACCUCCUCACCAUGCACGCCAGCGUCUUCAUCCUGGUUGCCAUGAGCCUGGAGCGCUACCGCGCCGUGGCGAGGCCCUUCAGCGCGCACAGGUCCCCGUCCCGCCAACGGCGGCUGGCGGCGGGGAUCAUCUGGGGGUUGGCUUUCGUGCUGACGCUUCCCAUGAUGGUGAUGAUCCGACUCAGCGAGGGCAAACCCACUGCGGCGGGUUUGGUCAAGAGGAUCUGCUUCCCCACGUGGACCCCUGAGGCCUUCAAGGCUUAUAUCACCGUCCUGUUUUGCACGAGCGUUCUGGUGCCGGGAUUGGUCAUCGUCGGGCUGUAUGUCGAGCUAGCCAGGCGUUACUGGGCCGCGCAGGCGAGCUUGGGGGGUGGCAGCCGCUCAGCGCGGAGGAAAGGGCUCAAACAAAAGGUCAUAUCGAUGAUCUUUAGCAUCGUGGUGGCUUACUGGGCCUGUUUCCUACCGUUCUGGGGAUGGCAGCUCGGCAAACUGUUCUCUCCGGAGUCCCUCAACGCCUUGUCUCCGGCUGCUCACAACUACGUGAACUUCUUUGUCACGUGCCUGACCUACGGCAACAGCUGCAUAAACCCAUUCCUUUACACACUUCUGACCCGGAACUACAAAGAUUACUUGGCCCAGAAGGGUCACUCGGUUGGGUCAAGCAGGGCCGACCCCUGCUCGGCGGUGACCACGCCCCUGCAGGACAUUUAGUGGGGAAAUAAACGAUUUCUGAGCAUAAACACUCAAGUUAGACAUUUUGUCAAUCACCCUUUUUGCUCUACUUUUUUGUAUGAAACGUAAAAAUGUCCCAUAUGUGACAUACAUGCAGUCUGUAGUCGGACUCUAUCAACUUUAUGAAUGUUCGAAACAUAUGUUGUGUGAUUUUUUACACAUGUUAAGGAAUCAGAGACAUUCAGCUCAGCAGGUGGAUGUUUGCUGACAUGACAGUCUGACUUGCACGCGUCUUCAGGUUGAAGGGUAAGGAGCGCAAAUGUAAUGGAUUUCUGUUCUUUAUGUUAUAAUGACUCUGACGAUGUAAUCCAUACAAAUUAGUUUGGAAUACUUGGAUUUAAAUGUUGAGUUCAUUUUCAAACUAAAAAAGUUUCAAAUUACAGAUGAAGAAGUUGAAAAUUGGGGAUUUUCAAAUGCACUUAAGGAAUUUUUUAACUUUUUUUAAGGAAUACAGAUCAGAAGAACCAUAAUAAUCAAAUUCACAAUAGAAUAGAACAAUAUAAUCAAAUGUAAAGAAGUGUUUCAAUUUUUUUCCUCUACUUUCCUAUUUGAUGUACACAUACACACACACACACACACACACACACAGACACACACAUAUAUAUAUAUAUAUAUUUCAUCAUCCCUCUAGGGAAUGUCGUUGCAUCGUGCCACAUUCCUCAGCCUCGGGCCACGGCUCUUUUGAGUCCUCCUGUAAAUUGUCCCUGUAAGAAUGUUUCUCAUCUCACCUCCGUCAUAUAUUGUCUUUUCAGAAACUGCUCAGAUCUAGAUUGUGUUUGCGCUGCAUGGAUGUUGCAUGAAAUGUAAAUCGCUCACACACAUCAGUUGCAGAUUAAAGUGUAAACAUACAGUGUCCUGUGUCAGAGAGUGAGAGAC